AUGGACAGUUUAUUUUCUGGAGGUGGCAAUAUAAAGUUAGACGCCUCCUCACUGUUCAAUGAAGUAUCAGAUAGAGAUGAGACUGACGAAUCAGCACAAGAAAAAGGCCAACCCACAAACUUUCCCAACCGUCCACCGAUAUGCUACACCCCGACCACAAAUGAUUCCACCAACCUUCCUGGCUUCGACCUUACCGCUGGAAAUGAAUGGCAAUACCCUACUAGUGUCGAGUUGCGAGAUUAUCAGUUCGUAAUUACUGAGAGAUGCCUCUACCAAAACUGCCUCGUCUGCAUUCCCACUGGUAUGGGAAAGACCCUAAUUGCAGCUGUCGUUCUGCACAACUUCCUUCGUUGGUAUCCUACCGGUUGUGUGGUCUUUAUGGCCCCCACUCGACCUCUUGUCUCUCAGCAGAUGACAGCUUGUCGUGAUUUCACUGGUCUCUCCAUUUCCGGGAUACAGGCAGCCGAGGCCGUAGAAUUGACGGGCUCAACAUCACCUCAACAACGAGCAGCUCUUUGGAAUGGUCCGCAUCGUGCGUUUUUCCUCACACCACAAGUUAUUGUCAAUGACCUCGUCACUGGCAUUUGUCCUGCUACUUCGAUCCGCUGUAUGGUCAUUGAUGAGGCUCAUAAAGCAACUGGAAAUCAUGCCUAUUGUCAGGUAAGCUACCUUCACGUAGUGCUUUUUGUACAGGUGAUGCGAUCAAUUACAGGAGCACCCUACAAUCAUAGACAAUUUCGUGUGGUUGCGCUCUCAGCAACCCCAGCCUCUGAUCUUCUGGGUGCCCAAGCGGUGAUAGCGAAUCUUCUCAUUGCUCAUCUGGAAGUCCGCACAGAAUCUAGCCCUGAUGUUCGUGAAUAUUGCCAUCAACGAGCCAUCGAGACCAUCAUAGUUCGUCUAGAUCCACAGCUCUCCCGCUUCAAACAACGCCUUUGCGAUGUUGCGCGUCCACCGCUUCAACGCCUGUGUGAGCACAAUGCACUGUGGGCUUCAAAUCCCCGUCGACAACCCGACCCUGAAGCGUUUGCCGCCUUCACACUGGUAAAAGCCCGCGAAGCCUUUACUCGAAAUAAUCCUUCCUCAUCCUUCUUUGGCGCGGUUCUUCGAGACUUCCGACUAGCGACAUGUUUCGCUCGUGCCCUCCAACUCCUCACACAAUAUGGUCUACGCCCUGUCUAUCAGUAUCUGCUUACCAAUAUCGGGUCAUCCAACGACCUGGCUCAGGUCACUGGACUACAGGAGUUUGUCACAGAACUCGGGAGUGCUCUUGGAGCUGCCGAAGCCACGGCAGUGAUGAGUCAAUUGCCUUUUGUUCCAGGUCAUCCGAAGUUGCUCAAACUCCGCGAUGUGCUGAUUGAGCACUUUACAGGUGCUUCUGAACGCUGUCAAAGUCAGCGGGGUACUCGGGCGAUAGUUUUCACACAGUAUCGUGACUCCGUUUCUGACAUUAUGCACAUGCUGGAGGCCUACAAGCCCAAUUUACGACCAGCGGUAUUUGUGGGUCAGACCUCUUCAGGAGGUCAGCAUCACUCAAAGAAGCGGAACACUCAGCGAGAUCAACUCCAUGUAAUGGAGAUGUUUCGGGAGGGUCGUGUCAACAUCCUCAUUUCCACUUGUAUCGGUGAAGAGGGUCUAGACGUAGGUCAGGUGGAUCUGAUCGUUUGUUUCGACGCGCACAAGUCACCAGCUCGUUUGAUUCAGCGUUUGGGUAGAACUGGGCGGAGGCGCUCAGGACGUGUGGUGGUCCUCCUCACAGAGGGCCGGGAACGAUCCAAUUUCGCUCUUAGUAUGGCUCGCUCCAACACUGUCCACGACACCUUGUUACAAGGUCAGGCUACGCAGAAACUAAUUUUUUAUCCACACAACCCUCGAAUGGUACCACUGGGAGUUAAUCCCUCUCCUGUACUUUGGAAACCUUCAAUUCAUUUAGAAAAUAAUGCUUCCGUCAGUCACAAAGCUCUGACAAAUUACAGGAGAAGAUAUCCAACACCUCCUGCAAAUCUUCGAUUCUCCAUCUGUGAAGCAUCUUCUCUCCUGUCAUUCAGUCAAGAGGAUACGGGGAAAAUGAACACAUUUACCCGGCGCUACUCCGUGAAUCGUUGGAUUCCGGCGAUUCGCGAGGGUUUCCAGACUGAGGUCUCAGGUCCGUCAACAACCACGUGGCAUUUGGUUGCCUCACUGCGGCUUCUCGAAUUGCAUCGAAGGGGUCGAACACAUGCCAUGUAUCAUGCCAUGGGCAUCCGGGAAGUCGAUAUGAUUAGUUCUUUAUCUGAUCUGCCUUCUUCAAUGACCCAGUUUUCGCAGACUGCUCCAGGAGAACCCGUAGAUCCAUCUCCUCCACCUGCAUCACAAGAUCUGCCUGAGGCUACGCCAUCGGUUAAAUCGUCAAUCCGAUUCUUUCGUGGACUCGUAUCGAAAACAUUAAUGGUCGAUCCGCGAAUCCAUACAUCUGGUGAACUAAAUUUUCCUGACGUUAUUUCGAUAAGGGGGAUAACAAUGGAGGGCCUGAACAAGGGACUUGAAAAGUUGAUUACAUCUGGAAUCGAUCCUCCUACUCAUGAAUGUCAACCUGAUGCGUGUACGAAAUCCGUGCCCUUUGACUCAGCUCCCAGUUUACCUGCCCCACUUUUGUUAGGAUCUUUUCACCUCCCGUCUCCAAUUAACUCUCCUCCAGCCAAACGACUACGCACCCUGACUAUUUCAGAAAAAUCUGUUUCGGGUGUUUCAAAUGCAACUGACGACAUGCGACCCGACCUAAUAUUGCGUCUCAGUGACGACUUGCAUGACUUUCUAAACUCGUGUUGA